AUGGCUCUGGUUAACGGUCAUUCCGGCGGCAGUAUCCCUCCAGACUUGAUCCAAGAAAGUCGGCCAUUGAGCUUCCUCAUCAUUGGCGCUGGCUCUCGAGGCAAUGCAUAUGCCACUGCUAUAUCGGAGAAUCACACCAUCAAUGGCUACGUUGGCGCCAUAGCAGAGCCCAUUACCGGCAAGAGGCAUUCGUUCUGGCGAAAGUACGUCUCUGGAAGAAAAGAGCCAAGACCUGGUGAGGUUUUCGAAACCUGGCAGGAAUUUCUAGAUUUCGAACUGGACAGACGAAACAGAAAGGAGAAGAGCGAGCCUGUGCUGGAAGGUGUCGAUGGUGUUUUUGUCUGUGUACUGGAUGAGAUGCACGCCGAGAUUAUCACUACUCUCGCACCUUUGCAUCUACAUAUCAUGAGCGAGAAACCAUUGGCAACUACUCUGCAGGACUGCUUGAGAAUAUAUCGUUCUCUGAAGCCUCCAGGGGGUGAGCCUGACCGAGCUAUCUUUUCAAUCGGCCAUGUUCUACGUUACAGUCCUCACAAUAUGCUACUUCGGCAAUUGCUGUUGGAAGAUGAAGUGAUUGGAGACGUCCUGUCAAUCGAACACACCGAGCCCGUGGGCUAUUGGCACUUUUCUCAUUCUUACGUCAGAGGCAAUUGGCGCAAAGAGUCAAUGGGUCCUUCUCUACUUACCAAAUCGUGCCAUGACAUCGAUCUGCUACUCUGGUUGCUCUGCUCGCCACCAGCGUCAUCGACAAACCCGCCCCAUCUUCCCUCCAGCGUAUCUUCCUCAGGCUCUCUGUUGUACUUCAAAAGGUCACGGAAGCCUGCUUUGGCGGGGAAUGCCACCAAUUGUCUGUCGUGUCCUGCUGAACCUGAGUGCUUGUAUAGCGCCAAGAAGAUCUACGUACAAGAUCGCUUGGCGAAAGGCAUAGCUGGAUGGCCCGUCAACAUUGUUGCUCCUGAAAUCGAAGACUUGAUGGGACAAGGCGAGAAAGGCACUGCCAUGAGGAUGCUGGAAGCGGAGUUAGCAAGAGACUACGACACUAGCACGCCACAGUCUGAAAUCGAUGGAAAACGAUGGUUUGGCCGCUGCGUCUGGGAAGCCGACAACAGUGUCUGCGAUGACCAGGUGGUGACUAUGACCUGGGAAGAGACUCCACUCCCUUUGAAUGGAAGUAAAGGAAUCGAGUCCCGCCUCAGAGGGAGAGGCGCAAAAGUUGCAACGUUCCAUAUGGUAGCCUCGACCGAGAAACAGUGCGAGAGAAGAGGUCGAAUCUAUGGGACCAAAGGAGAAAUUGAGUACGACAGCAAGGCCAUCCGAGUCUACGAUUUCGCUUCCGAACAUGCUCAAAUUCAUCACCCUCAUCAGCCGGGCGGAGGGCAUGGUGGAGGCGAUGCAGGACUUGUGCAGCAAUUUGUAAAAGCGUGUGAGGCCGUACGCACGCAGGAGAUGAAUGUGGCUGAAGCUCAACGAGUGCAUAUUGGAUGCACGUUGGACGAUGUGAUCAGAAGCCAUGCUAUGGUCUUUGCAGCCGAGGAAGCUCGUAACGGGAAGAAAGUCGUUGACUGGGCUGAGUGGUGGGUGGCUAAUGUAGAAGAGACCAUGGACGAAAUGGGCGAGAAGAACCUUGAUCCGGAUAUUGGAUCAUCGACUUGA